CUCACCUUAAGAUCGGACUGGACCUCCGUGCAGUGUGGCAUCAAGAGCUGAUCGAGGACGAAGCCAAAAUGAAGUUAAUGGCAUUUCUUUUCUGCUUGGUGUUGUUGACCUUCUUCACAGAGGCCACUCCUGUGAUGAAAGAAAGCGCCGCGAAGCAGCUCCUCCGCAGCAGGAGACAGAAGCCGGGCUACCCCGACGAGCCGCUGAGAGAGCAUAUGUUGCACAUGCAGCGUUUGGAGCAGAGGGCUCGUGAGACAAAUCUUGAGCACUGGCUGAACCCGCACUGCUUCCCUCGCUGUGACCGUAACUAUGGCGACCCCGUUUAGCAUCUGCACAGUGUGAAGGCGAUAACGACUGUGACGACGACGAACCUGAUAAUGACGCUAAUUGCGAACGCCGCUAGCCGGACAUUACGACAGCAAGCGUUGAAGAGGCCUGCACGCAACUUUCGGAGCAUGCAAAGGAAAUUCUGCCAGUAUAGCAGAAACAGAAUAUCCGAUAUUUAUCCAACUUUACGUAGAGGACUAUAAUUAGUCAUAUUAGCCUACCGAGGGAAUAAAAGAUUCUAACAUAACAUUCUUUAGAGUAGCCGAGGGGAACCGUCCCAAUAAACACUUGUACUAGAUUUUAUGGUAAUUGCCUCUUUAUUCUGAUCCUCUUUUCAUAUGCUCGAAUUCUACGUUUUAAUGCUGUUGGGUUAUUUUAAAUAUUAAAAAAGCUCCGAUGCAAAAUAAUUCUUCAGAAAUUAUUAAGACACGGUAUGGACGAGAACGUCAUAUCAAGCGUCCCGUUUAA